AUUGUGUUACUUGAUGUUAUUUUCACGAAAUCCCGCAACAAAGUUUUACGAGGAAGUGGAUGGAAAUGAGAUGACUGCUCAAUGGUGUCGAGAAACGGGCGCGUAUUGCAAAUAUAAUAACAUUUAAUAGUAAUAACUUCAUAGACUUGUGUGUAUUUGGUAUUGAAAAAAGACAAGAGGUUUACCGUUUGUGGCUUGGUUGACCGUUAUACAAACUUAACUGUUAUGAUUUCGAUGCAUUAGUCUAUCACUGCGGCCUAAAUCGAGAAUCUGCUCAUGAGAUUGUUUUUACACGAAUCGUUGACUGAUUGUUACGAGCAGGCCCUUUAUUUUGAUGCUGCCUUUUUCGUUCAACUUAUUCGCAGCUGGGUCCAUGAGAAAGACUGGUGUGAAUGGAAGUUAAGUAUUUAUCUUGGACCAACUCGAGAUGUGCUAAUUGACAGUUUGCAAAGCAGAUAUUGUUAUGUAGUAAAGUAUCAUUUGUAAGCUCGCCAAUAUUUGUGGCAUCGAACUAACUGCUGCUUCACUGUCAUGGAUAUAAAAUGGAAUUGGCAUCCCAUUUUGGGCCUAGUCCUGUUAACCCUGAGUUGUAUUGUGAAUGUUACCAAUGGAAUAGAAGUUCCUGUUUCAUUGACUGGGCUUGAACAUUGGAGGAUAGUCAAAAAUGGCACUAUUUCUUCAGUUCGCAAUAAUUGGAAGCUAAAGACAGAUGAGACCGGGUUCACUGCUUGUGAAUUAGAUAAUAAUGUCGUAGAUGGUUACGUUAUAACACCAUUUGUCAUUACAAAUCCAGCCAAACAAAUAACCCUCAGAAUAACUUAUACUUUGAAUUGCUGUUUAACCAAAUUGUCCAUUGGUGUCUAUGUCCUUUUGGGCUCAGGUGAAAUAUCUGCGCCAAGUGCUGAAAGCUUCAAAUACAUUUCUGCUUUAAAGAAUACCACAUCAAUGAAUCCUUCAUCUAGAGUACAGUUUAAAUCAGUUUUUACCAUUGGAAUGGAAGGAAGGACUGGACUUUUUAUUGCUUUCAGAGAUCAAGGAAUUUGUGGAAGACUUGAUUCAUUUCAACUCAGUUACAUAGAAUGUCCAAGCUCAGCUGGGGAAUUUAUGUCAUUUCCACCUAAAACUCCAGCUCCAAACAGCACAGUUUCAGUCCUAAAGGUGAUUGGAACAUGCGCUCCCAAUGCUGAUGUUCAAAUUUCACAAGCGACUAAUUACAUGUUUUGUUAUACAAAUGGUUCCACCAAGGUAAAUGGUGGCUGUCGUUGCAUAGCUGGAUAUGAAAAUCAUUCCUUUACAAGUUGUAAUGAAUGUCCCGCAAAGAGUUUCAAAAGUGUUGCUGGUAACUUUAAUUGUACCAGAUGUGGUGCAAAUGUUGAGGACGGACUGAAGCCCAGGACAACACCUUGUAAAUGCAACAAUGGAUAUUACAGGCCACUUCGAUCUAAAAGUGUUCCAACUGUCGACUGUGAAGCGCCACCAUCGGCUCCAAAAAAUGUUAAGGCCACACAGAUUGGAUCAAAGUGGAUCUUACUAGAAUGGAUGGUCCCAAUGGACCGAGGGUCUGGAGACAAACCGAGUUACACGAUAAAAGCAAGCUGUACUAAAUGUAAAAUUCCACCUGACUUUACAACACCUAACCUUCUUUUCAAUGUCACCGGGCUGAGCGCCUACACACGAUAUGACGUCAGGGUCUAUUCUAUCAACAAUGUCACUGCUGCCAUCGGCUUCGACAAGGCUCAGUACAACAGCACUUUAGUUUUGACUGGAUCAGGAUUGCCUUCGGAGGUUCAGAAUCUUACUAAAAGGACAAACUCUGAUGGAUCAGUGACAAUUUUCUGGAACGAGCCAUUGACCAAGGGUGGUGAUGAUCUGCGAUAUUUUGUCACUGUUAAUGGCGAAAAGGGAAUGUUUACCACCAAGCUGAAAUACACUGUUAAGCAAGAGCAAGAAACGAAAAAGUACACUGUGUCUGUAAAGUCACACACGAGCGCUGGAUUUUCCAAAGAAGAAGUUAUCAGCUUUGAAAUUAAAGGAAAAGGUAUUUCACUGACUUUGGUCAUUGCUGUGGUAGUCACAUUGUUUAUUUUACUGUUGAUUGCUGGCGCUUUCGUUGUAUAUUUCUAUCGAAGGCGUCAUCCAAAGCAUCUUCAACCUGUUCGACUUGAAAACGGGGAAGUGAUUCUCCCAAGUGGAAAAGGCGUUCAGGUUUAUAUUGACCCGACGACAUAUCAAGAUUUGGAGGACGCUGUGCAGCAGUUUGCUAACGAAUUAGACCGAAGCUGGAUCAAGCUAGAUCGUCUGAUUGGUGGAGGUGAAUUUGGUGAUGUGUACAAAGGAACUAUGGAAAAACCCUCUGAAAAAGCACAAAUUGUCGCCGUCAAGACACUCAAGUCAAAUGCAAAUAAGAAAGCAAGAGAUGACUUUUUGGGAGAGGCAAUGUAUAUGGGACAAUUUGAUGACCCAAAUGUCAUAAAUCUCGAGGGUGUGGUCGUUAAAGACCGUCCCAUAUUGAUUGUCAUCGAAUUCAUGAGCAAUGGAUCGCUUGACUCCUUUCUACAAGAAAACGAUGGUAAAUUUACUCCACUCCAGUUACUAGGAAUGGCCCGGGGUGUGGCGUCUGGAAUGAAGUAUCUUUCUGAAAUGAGCUACAUCCACAGGGAUUUGGCAGCCAGAAAUAUUUUAGUAAAUGAUGACAUGGUUUGCAAGGUUGCUGAUUUUGGAAUGAGCAGAGAAUUGAGCGAGGAAGAUACAUAUAACACAACGGGUGGCAAGAUCCCUGCUCGAUGGACAGCACCGGAAGCAAUCCAGUUUAAGAAAUUCACCAUUGCCUCGGAUGUUUGGAGUUAUGGUAUCCUGCUUUGGGAGAUAAUGUCAUACGGAGAAAGGCCAUAUUGGGACUGGGGCAAUUAUGAGGUGCUUGAACGUCUGGCUUCUGGCUACAGACUUCCUCCGCCAAUGAGCUGCCCUAAAGUUGUGCACGAUCUUAUGUUAUCUUGCUGGCACAAAGAUCGCGUGAAAAGACCAAAAUUUAAGGACAUUCGUGGCACGAUUGAUAAGUGGAUCCGGAGUCCGGAGUUGCUGAAACACGAAGAAUCGGUUGUGACAAGGCGUGACACUAAUUUGGAUUACGCGUCAAUGAAGACCUUAAAAGAAUGGCUUGAUUCGAUUGGGAUGUCGCGAUACAUCGAGAACUUCACUAAAAAGGGCCUAGUCACACCCCGACAGAUCUUAGAACUCACGGAUCCAGAUCUGAAAGAUAUAGGAAUUGAAGCUGUUGGCCACCGAAACAAAAUUAUGAAGAACAUCAAUUUGACGAAAGGCCAGUUGAUUAGAACAAAAUCCAUGGCAAUCUAAGCGCUGUGAGGCAAGUUGCUUUUAUUAGAAAUUACAUCGAAAACUUCAUAACAUCACUCUCAUGUCUAUGACAGUAGUUUGUCAUGAUGUCAUAAUAAGUAUUUGACCAAUUUUUGAGGACUAUCUAGUUUGACUUGUUUAUGUAUUGCCCUUGAUUGUAUAGAUGCAUUUCUACGAAAGACAUUUUUGAUGUGACGUUUUUAUAUUAGAAGUAUUGAAUUGUUUGGAGAACGUAGGUAGAGCAUUCUGCACCAUAGAAGACAUUCCAAGUUAUCUUGUAAGCUGUUGUUGUGGUUUUCUUUCAUAAGUUGUUGUGCAUAGGUUGAAUGUUUUAUUUAAAGGCAUUGAGUCAUGAUAAAAUCGAUUGGGUAUACCCUAAGUGCCAAAAUCCGCUGAGUCACUAUUUUUAUGACUGCGAUGCUAUUGGUUGACCUUAAACUGGUCACAUGAACUCACCUCGUACUGAUUAACAAAACAGUUUCCACCAAUAGCAAGUUGUCAUUAACGAAUGCCAAUAUCACGUGAAACAGCAACAAUCAGCCUUUUUGCCAUGACUCAAUGUCUUUAACAAGAAGGUACUGACCUGUAUUGAGUAGAAAUCCUUAUUCAAGGUCACCUUGCGGCGUCAUACAGUGAAAUUUGACUUGUUAUACACUGAAUUAUUUCAUAUAAGUGACUCAUCUCCUUAUUUAAGCUGUGAUACAGCUCACCUUCUUGGUUAAAAACUUUCUGGAACUAUUUAGACACGUAUUUUUGUUGAUGUCGUUCAUUGUAUAGUCUUCAUUUUCAAGGUUCAGCCCUUUUGUCCUGUUUGUAUGUAUCAAGAGACAUACGGUUUUUGAACUUUCGCACUGCAUAAAAACACUCGAUCGUAGCCAAGAGACAUUAACAUCUCUCUCUCCUGCUGCCAACAUAAACAGUCACUUAUUCUGCUUCAAUGAUAUAGCACAACUCACAUUAAUAGCUGGAUUGUCUUUCAAAAAGUAGUAUCGAAAUUCUUGCGAUCUGUAUUUAUAGUGUAUUUUUCAAAUUAAUUUUCUUAUUGCAGUUAAGAUUAGAGUUUCUGUAAGAUAGAUUCAUGUUUAGUCACCGAUUAGUAACAGUUAUCGAUGUUAGCAAAAAAGGCUUCUAGAUUUAACUUCUAAAUAUUUUGAAAUAACAAAAUCUUUUAUGAAAUGAGAGGUUAAAGAUGUUGGCGUUGCCUUGUUCAAGAAUCGAUAAAACGAAAUGUAGAAAUCAGUUGCAUCUUAUUAUUAUAAAGAACCUACAAAAGCAUUUUCGCGUAGAACCUUUUAAUUUUGAAGCCUUAGCAUUUGCCACUUAAUAUGUGCAUAGUUGCAUUCUGGUAUAACUUAAAUGGUUUUGAAAUAGUGAUGAAUAAAUGCCCAAGUGCAUGAGGUAUGAAUUUAGGAGUUUUUAUAUCCGUUACUUUUUGACAUGAAGCUAUUUUGUUUAUUAAGAUAUUCAUGAUAUUUAAUCUUUCUUGUGAAUAAUUUUUACUAGUCGAAACCAUUUUUUAAACCAUAUAUAAUGAUAAUUACAGAUAACUAACUAUUUGAUAACGAAGUAACGCUGAAUAGUUUCUUGAAUGUCCGAGAGAAAAUAGUCGUUAUAUGUGAAUAAGUGUCGUAUUAAAUUUGAACUCAGGCUGUAUCCAGCCUGGCACAAGCGGAAUAAUGAAAGGGUUUCCUAAACCUGGUAGAUCUGAAGUCCGCGAUUUUACCGAUACGUAGGUCUUGGAGAUGCUUCUUAAAGCGUGCUGAUGUAGUGGUGUCUAGAUGUCCUAUUUCGUUGACUUAUUUGCCAAUCUUUUCGAACUUCGUUGCCUCACUUAACAAACACACUCUCACAUGAAAGGCUUUCAUCUAAACUAACGAUCAAUGAAUUUUAAAGUAAAUUGUACCAGGAAAAAUCUUUUAAAAUAAUUAACGACGUUUCGAGCAUAGCCCGUUUUUCAUCUAAACUGUUCGCAUUGACGUCAUACGUAUCAUCUAUUUUCCUGUUCUUAUACAUUUUUAUGUAUAUGUUCAAGGCUAAAACAGUAUAUCUUAGAAUUACCACCAUAAGUAACAAAGUUUUGAUAUUUUCAUUUUUUCCGAAACAUCAGAAUUUUCUCAUCUAAAUAAACUCUUAAAGUAAUUUUUAUCUGUAAUAGUUUUUAAGUAAUUAAAUAGUAUUGAAAUAGUAAUUAAAAUAAUUUUGUUCAUAGAAAGUUUUUUCCAUAAGAAAUAUCUCUUCUUUGAGUGAACCAAUUUUGAAAAAAGUAGAAUUACAGGUUUUCCAAAGUUGUAAAUUUUUCCAGUGAUUUUUUAGCUAAUAAUCAAACUCAUUGUCUUAACAGAACUUAACUAUGUAUCCAGCUUUAUUAUUGAAUCUUGUUUUCCUAAUAAAAUUUUCCUGUUUCAGUGACUCUAUUUCCACAAGAAAGAAACGUAUAGGCUUCCAAAAAUAUUCAAUUUUUGACAGAAUUUCCCCAUAUUUAAACAUUUGCCAGGUUUUGGUUUUGUACCUUGGCCAUGGAACGUAGUUUUUUCUUUUAUGUUUUAAUGUUAUUCCCUUUUUUUCUGUCUAGAUUUUCACAAAAAAGUAGAUUAUAGACUUGCUAAAAGCAUUUAUUAUUCACAGAAGUUUUCCAGCUCAAAGCAGCACAACUUCUCGUGUAAUAAAUACCUAACAGUUUUUCACAAUGUAUCCCACUCACGGAAGCUAGUUUUCCAAAAAAUUGCCUUUGUUUACAUCCCCCAAUUUGACAAAAAGUAAAGCUACAGGCUUGCCAAAAUCGUCGAAUUUUGACAAUCUCUUUUCCCUUCAAAGCAACCAAUAAAUGGUUGAGACUUUUCAAGGAAAGCUUAUAUUCUCACUUUUCCCCUCUAUAACUAUAAAUCCAACAUUGCUUCGGGGGGAAAGGGGGGAUUCGAAUAUACAGGGGCAAGGUAAAGUAAACUAUUACGAAAAUUGCAUUUUGUCUCAACAUUUUUGUCCGGGAUUGUAGGUCUUUGGCUAUGCAUGGCUGUUGUUGUCAGGUUCCACUAAUAAUGUGAUUAACCUUUGCAACUCAAACCACUCUGCUACCUUUCAUUCUAAACCUUUUUUGUCUAAAUAGAAUAUCGCUAUAGAUCUAAGCUCAGGGCCCACGCCACAGGGGGAGGCAGGGAGCAAUGCCCCCCCAUUUUUAUUUGCUAACUAUAGGUGUCAAAUCCUCCUGUUGGGUAUUAAAUAGGUAUAAAAUCCUCCUUUUGUGGCUCCCCAUUUUAGAAUCGGUGGCGCAGGCCCUAAAGCUGGUAAAUGAAAUCAUUUUUGAUAUACUUCAACUUAAUUAUUUUUUACAGGGUGGUAAGAUCCCUGUCAAAUGGACAGCACCGGAAGCAGUCCAACUAAAGAAAUUCACUAUUUCUUCGGAUGUUUGGAGUUAUAGAAUCCUGCUUUGGGAGGUAAUGUGUUACGGAGAAAGGCCAUAUUGGAACUGGGGCAAUAAUGAGGUACUUGAACGUCUGACUUCUGGCUUCAGACUCCCUCCGCCAUGAGCUGCCCUAAAGUUGUGCACGAUCUUAUGUUAUCUUGCUGGCACAAAGAUCGCAUUAAAAGACCAAAAUUUAAGGACAUUUGUUGUAUGUUUGAUAAGUGGAUCCGGAGUCCGGAGUUGCUGAAACACAAGAAAUCGG